AUGCAACGAACUCUUGAGUAAAGGUAAACCACUGAAUAAAUUAGGCGAAAUAACAAUUAAAAUAAUGCAGAUCUUCUUCUUUCAGUUUAUGAAUUAACUGCAAGGUCAUCUUUAUAAAUUGGACAAAGACCUAGAUAAUAGAGUCAAAGUAGAGAAAAAUAUAAAUUUAAAUAAUGCGAAUAAAAGAAAGUAGAUUUGAUGAGUAUAUCAUCACCAGGAAGCUAAAAAAAGCUACCUCUUUCACCUUAGUUAAAAUUAUAAUCUCCAAGGGAACCUGGCUUAAUUUUUAAUUUAAUUAGAGCAGCUAAUAAUGCAAUUGAAAAUAACACUGAUGACAAGAUCAUUCGAACCUAUAUGUAAAUUAGAACAUAAGUGGAAAUGAGAUUGGAUGUCUUAGAAUCUGCUGAUUCAUUAGCUGUGUAAUUAGAAAAGAUUAAAUAAGAGAAUGAUACCUUAAGAAAAAGAGUUAGCGAUAACAUCAAUUCACAAUCUCUAUCCAAUCUGGCAUAAUUAAAGAUGCAAUUGUAGAAGGCUGAAAAAAAGGCAGAAAGUAGAAAAGUGUGUAUCAAGAAAUUGUAUUAGUUAUUAGACAAGAGUGAGAAGGAAUUGGAACUGUAUAAAUCAGGUAAGAAAAGUGCCAAAACAUCAUUCUCCAAAAAGAAUGAAUUGAAUGAAAUCUUAAAUGGAACUUAUCCAAAAAACAAAGAAAAUAUUCCAGAUACUUAUGAACCCAUGCUAUUAUCAUUGAUUAAGGAUAUUGAUUAGAAGAAUUAUGAAGCUAUUGAAAAUCUAUCAAAGAACAACAGUUUGAAUACAGAUGUCGAAAAUGAAAAGAACAAUCUCAUCUCAAAUUCAUUAAAAUCCUUUAAGCUUAUGUGUGAAUAGAAGGAAGAGAUUCUCAAAUAUUCGGCUCAAAUCUGUGAGAAUAAUCAAGAUCUAUGGAAAAAGUUUUUAGAAAUUGAUUUAACGUGCCAAAAACAGAUCUCUACACUUCGAUAAGCUAUUUCUGAAUUAGAAACUAAUAUUAAAUCUUAUUAUUAAUAUUUAAAUAAGAUUGGCCACAAUUCAGCAUAAAAAUUCCAGGAUGCUUAUCAAUUUUAAGGUGUUAUCGGUGAUAGUAUAGCAAAAUGGCUAAAAUAAUUAGGGGAAAUUCAAGAAAUCAUAAAUUAAAGAGAAUCUGAAUAAUAUGAAUUUUAAUAGUUUUAAGAAACACUAGUAAUGAGAUUAAAGGAAAUCAUUCAAAAUAAUAAAAUAGUUCAUAAACAAAAUGAUUUCAAGGGAUUGUUGGAUGCCAUUAAUGAAAGAUUGUUCAAUCAAUCUGAAGAAAUAUUACUAAUAAAUAAAGAAUUAAACAAUACUCAUAUCAAAGCCAAACAAUAGAUAGAAGAAUUACAAAAUAAAUUUAAAUUAGAAUUUUAAAAUUACGAAUUGCAACUAAAAAAUUAUAAAGAACUUUAUGAUCAACUUUCUAAUACAAAUAAGGAAUUAGUACAGAAGAAUGAAAACUUAUAAGUCGAAUUUAACAGAUAAACUUAGAUAAGUGUUACAGCAUUGUAAAAUAAGCAACAAGAAAUAUUAAAUCUGAAUGAAUAAACCAAAAAACUAAAAGAAGAUAUUACUAAAUCUUAAGAACUUAAAUUGACUUAUAAUGAACAAUAAACACAAAUAAACUAAUUCAAAAAAGAAAUCGAAAGAUUAAAUUAAGUUAUUUUAUAAAACUAGUCAAAAUCUUCCCAAUAGGAAGAAAAUCUGUUAACUGUUAUUGAAUAGAAUAAAUCUGAAAUUACUAGAUUACAUCAAUUAAUUAUUGAUCUUCAUAGUCAAAUAGAGCAAUCUGAUAAUCAAAUAUAAUUGUUGAAAGAGGCUGAAUAGAUUAUCAAAGAUAAAAUCACAAAAGAUAGUUUAGUUUACUCAGAUAAGGUUAAGAAAUUAUAAGAAAUUAUAUAAAAUAAGGAGAUUGAGCAUUCUGCUUUGGAAGAAGAAUAUAAAGCAAUUUAAUCAUAAAAUGUAGAAUUCUAUUCUCAAUAACAAUAAGAUUAAGAUACAAUUAAAUUAAUGAAAAAAGAUCUUUAGAAGAAUUAAGAAUAGUAUGAAUAAAAAAUUAAUGAAUUCAUUAAAUUAUCGGAAAGGUAGUUGGCUGAAAUUAAAGAUCUCUCUGAGAAGUAUUAAUAAGCAGAAAAUGAAAGAAGAAACUAAGAUGAAACUAUUACUAAACUCAAAAAAGAAUUACUAAAAUAAACUAAUGACCAUUAAAAGCAAGUCAAGACAUUGCAGGAUCAAUAAAAAUAAUCUUAAGAAAUGCUAUAAUAGAAAUUGUAAUCUUUUGAAAGACUCAAUGAAUAAAAUUAAAUGAUCAUUUGCGAAUAGAAGAAACUAUUACAUGAAUCAUAAGCCUAGUUACAGAAAGUCAAUUUAGAGAAUGAAGCAUUAUUAUAAAACAAUAGCGAAUCAAUGUAAUCAAUGAAAGAAUAGUAUGAAUUAUUAGCAUUAGAAUUAAAUUAGACCAAGUAAGUUGUACUUGAUCAAUAAGAACUAAUCUAAAAUUAAUAAUUAUUACAUCAUGAUACAUAAUAAGAAUGUUACAAAUUCAAAAAAUAAAUAGAACAAUAAGAUAUAGUUAAUAAAUAAAACCAAUCAGAAUUAGGUAAAACUAUAUAAGAUCAAAUAAAUCUCAUAAAUUAAUUGAAAUCUAAUCUUGAAGCAACUGAAAAAAGGCAUAUUGAGAAUAAGAUUACUGCAGAAUAAUUAUCUCAAACUUUAAUUACGACGUAAAGUGAAAUAACAUAAUUGAGAUUUGAAUCUACUUAACUUAAUAAUACUAUUGAACAAAAUUCUAAAACUAUUCAAGAUUUGCAAUCUUAGUUAUAGAUUGACUAGUAAUAACAUGAAAUUGAAUUAAAGUAAAUACAAAAAAAUUUAGAUUUGGUUUAAAACUAAAGUAAUUAAGAAAAAGAAUCUAUAAUAUUGGAACUCCAUAAAUAGAUCUAAGAAUUUUAAGAAUAACUUUAAAAUUAAAGAGAUUAAUACUAACAUGAUGUUUAAUAACAUUAAAUUUAGAUUAAACUUAAUUAAGAAAGAUUUGAUUUGGUUUUACAAUAAGAAAUCAAUCAAAUUAAUUGCUAAAUGGAAUAAUAAAUUUCAACAAAAGAAGAAGAAAAAUAAGGAUUCUUAGAUUAAAUUAAAGCACUAGAAAAUAAAAUAGUUUAAUUAGAUUAAAAGAACAAGGAAAUUUAUUUACAAUCAUAGUCAAAUUAAAAUUUAUAUCGCUAAUUAAUUGAAUAGUUAGAGACAUUAUAAUAAGAGUCUCAAAAUGAAUAACUAAAAUGGAAAGAUUUACUCCAAUAGAAGGAUGAAAAGAUUAGAACUAUUGAAAUAAAUUCUAAAUCUGAAAUCGGGAAAUUGAAUGAAUAGUUAAUACAUACAAGUGAAAGAAGAGCCUAAAUAGAAUAAGAUUAAAUCAAGUUGAUUGAGUAAGAACAAAUAACAAAUCAAGAGUUAUAAAAAUUGAAAGAAUAAUUAGAAUAGAAAUAAAAUGAAAUAGAUUCAAUUGAUAAAUUAUUAAAUGAAAGAGUUUUAGAUAAUGAAGAAUUGAAUGGUAAAUUAAUUUUGGUUUCCAAAGAAAUGAGUCUUUAUAAAGAUUAAAAUAAAGAUUUAUAGUCAUAGAUAUCUUAACAAUCAGAAUCAAAUUCAAAUACUAUAAAUGAACUUAAAUUUAAGAUAAAAGAAUAAGAUUUUCUCAUUAAUUAACUCUAAUCAUAAGUGAAAGAUUUCGAAUGUUAAAUGAAUCUACAACUAAGUGAAGUUAUAUUAUAAUCAAAGGAUCUGGUCAAUAAGAAAUAAUAAGAAUUGGAUAUUAGUUCAAACGAACUCACACAGCUGAAAAAUUAAUUUAUCAAAUUAUAGAAUGAAAAUGAUGAUUUAUUGAAGUAAAUUACAAUUUUACAAGAAAUAAAUAAUAACAAAGAUAUUUAAAUAAAUGAUUUUGAAAAUCAAGUCACUAAACUACAUGAAUAAGUUAAUACAAUAAAUAAUUAUAAUUAAUUGAAAUAAGAAGAAUUAGAUAAUGUAUUAAAUUUAUUAAAAAAUCGUGAAUAACAGAUUGCUGAUCAGAAUGAACUUAUAAAUAACUUGCAAAUAUUAUAAGUGAAAUAGGAAUAAGAUUAUAAUGAAAAACUUAACAAUUUAAAUUAAGUCUCAAUGUAAUCCAGCUCUGAAUAGAGUGAAUUGAAGUAAAUAGUAGAAUAAGUAUAAAUGGAGAAAGAAAAAAUUACAGAAGAAUUGCUAAAAAAGAAUGAAAAUUUGAAGGAAAUAGUGAAAAAUCAAUAGACUACUUGCCAAUAGUUAAAUGAAUAGUUGUCGUCUAAAGAUACAGAAUUAUAAGAAUAAGGAAUCUUAAUAGAAUAAUAUCAGUCAUAGGUAUUGUAAUUAAAUGAAGAAUUGACUUUAAUAAUGGAUGAAAAGUCACAAUAGAACUUGAAGAUUCAUUAAUUAAGGACUAACAUUGAGAAGAUCCAGUAAGAUUUAGAAGUCAAGAGUAUUUAGUUAUAAAAUAGUGAUUUAGAAUCAGAAAAUCAAAAGUAAUAAUUUGAAAGUUAAUUAAAUGAACUCGGAAAUCAAAAUAAAGAAUUAUUUGUUAGACUUAGUGAAUUGUAGGAGGAGAAUAGCACACUGAUAGAAUAAGUUAGAAAGAGAGAAAAUGAAUACAGAUUGAAGGUAUUUGAAAUGGGAGAGAAGAAUAGGUUUGAAAAUGAGGAAUAGAAUAAAAUUAAUUAAAUUUUAUAAUAGGAGUUAUCUAUUUCUGAAGUUAGUGAAGAAAAUGUUAUAAAUGCAUUAUCUUAGAUAAAGAAUGAAUUUUAAGAAUUAUUAGAUAAACAAUCUCAAUAUUCAACAUUGAUAUUUUAAUUAUACUCUGAGUUAUUAACAGACGAUGAAGAGGAAGAUGUUGAAAAGUAGAUAUAAGUUAUUAGUAAUCAAAUGGUUGGAUUAAUUGAUGUUAGAGAUAAAUAUAAGAAAAUAGAGAAUGAAUUUGAGGGAGAGGGAGAUAUACUUGUGAAAAUUAAGGAGUUGAAGUUAAGCGAAUAGAAGAAAUAAAGCAGCAAUUCAUAGGAUAUAAAAUCAAUAGAGGCUUAUUCGUAAUUGUUAGAUGGACUUAUGCAAGAAUUCUUACAUAAUAGAGUUAAUUUGACAAUGCAAUCUAUGAAAUCAUUAUUAACAGAGUAAUAAAGACAAAACGUUAAUGAAUAUAGAAAGAAGAUUGGGGAAUUGUAGAAUAAGUUAUUGUAAGCAGAAAAAUAAUAAAAAUGCAUUGAUGACACAAAAUUCAAUUUAUAACAGUAUUAAUAGAUUGUUGAUAAAUCAGAAUAAAAAGCAAUGUAUUAUGAGAUGGAGUGCAAGAAAUUAGUGUAAUAAAUAUAAGAGAUGAAAUAGAGAAUGCCUCAGAGAAUAAGUUUGAAUGACUUGGAUUAAGAUUAAUCAGAGUAACAUAGCUUAAAUAUUUUGAAUUUUUCAUUAAGACAAGAAAUCCUAUAUGGAGAUGAUUCGUUUUUUGAUAAUAUUAGUUAAAUUAAAGAUGAUGAUGUGCAUUCGAAAUGUCAGUAAUAGAUUUUUCACUUAGUUGAAGAAUGUUAGUUAUUGCAGGAAUAAUUAAAUAUGCAAAGAGAAGACAGAAAUGUUUAAAUUAAAUGAUAUAUUUUUUAUAAUAGUAAUUUACUUAAUUA